AAUUAGACAAUUCUCGAAUCUCGGGUAGUUGCCAGUUGGAUACUUGGAUAUUAAUAUAAUAUAAUACAUUACUAUUCUUGUAAUCUUGUGUGUGUAUGGAAUUUGGAUGUGGUACUCAGAGUCAGGGGUAGUCCUUUUCAGGAUAAGAAUAUAAAAUAUUGAUACAUUAGUCGUUAUUACAUUAUUCAUUUAUAUUUCUUUUUAUUUUGAAAAUAUUUAAUUCCAUCCAAAUUGAAAUAGUUCUUAAAUAUGUCGACGAUACUAGAAAGGAUUUCGGCCAUCGAAGCUGAGAUGGCCAGAACUCAAAAGAACAAAGCAACAGCUGGGCAUUUAGGUUUACUAAAAGCUCGUAUUGCUAAACUUCGACGAGAACUCAUAACUCCUAAAGGUGGCGGUGGAGGCACUGGAGAAGGUUUUGAUGUAGCUAAAACUGGAGAUGCUAGGAUUGGUUUUGUAGGGUUUCCUUCUGUUGGUAAAUCAACAUUGUUGAGUAAUUUAGCUGGCGUUUAUUCGGAAGUUGCUGCAUAUGAGUUUACAACUUUGACCACCGUUCCUGGAUGUAUUAAAUAUAAAGGAGCUAAAAUCCAACUUUUAGAUUUACCUGGUAUCAUUGAAGGUGCAAAGGAUGGUAAAGGUCGUGGAAGACAAGUAAUUGCAGUGGCUCGCACAUGUUCAUUAAUUUUUAUUGUUUUGGAUGUUCUUAAACCAUUAAAACAUAAAAAAUUAAUUGAACAUGAAUUGGAAGGAUUUGGAUUAAGACUGAACAAAUCACCUCCAAAUAUAGUGUAUCGUCGAAAGGAUAAGGGUGGAAUAAAUUUACAAACUAUGGUACCACAAAGUGAAUUGGAUUUAGACACUGUAAGAACUAUAUUAUCAGAGUAUAGAAUUCACAAUGCUGAUAUUACUCUUAGAUAUGAUGCUACGUCUGAUGAUCUUAUUGAUGUUGUUGAAGGAAACCGUAUUUAUUUACCUUGUAUUUAUAUACUUAACAAAAUUGAUCAAAUAAGCAUAGAAGAAUUGGAUAUUAUUUAUAAGAUACCUCAUACAGUGCCUAUAAGUGCUCACCAUAAAUGGAAUUUUGAUGACCUUUUAGAAAAAAUGUGGGAAUACUUGAAAUUAGUUAGGAUUUACACCAAGCCCAAAGGACAGUUACCAGAUUACGGAUCUCCAAUUGUUUUGCAUAAUGAAAGGAAAAGUAUUGAAGAUUUUUGUAAUAAACUUCAUCGUACCAUAGCCAAAGAAUUUAAAUAUGCUCUGGUUUGGGGAUCAUCUGUUAAGCAUGUACCUCAAAAAGUUGGAAAAGAUCAUAUACUUGAAGAUGAAGACGUUGUGCAGAUUGUGAAAAAAAUAUAAAUAUAAUAUGUCUAGUACAUAUUUUUAAUUUAACAAUAAUAAAAUUCGUUAUUUUUUUGUAAUCGUCUAUAUUAUCACUGUCUCUAAAUACUUAUUAGGUAUUCAGCUCUAGAAGAUAAUAGUUCUCCAUCAAAGCCAUUCUACAAAAAUGUUCUUCAUUCAGCAUUAAAUCAAAUUUUGUUUCACUGUCUGAUAAGCGACAUAACAUAUCACAAGUUUUACUUAUGAUUACACUUCUAAUAAAAAAGUACAGUUAAAUAUUUUA